GGUAGAAGGGUCAGGGAAAGAGAGGCGGCGGCAGUAGCCGUCGGAGCUGAAGCUGCCGUACACCGGUGGGGGCAGGAGGCGGGGGUUGACGGCCGCGCGCUGCUCAGGGAUGGCGUUGGAAGCAGCGCUGGCGGCGGUCGGUGGGUGCGACGGGGCUGAGCCUGUCUUGAGCCGCUUCAAUGAACAGAAUAGGUCUACUUUCAAAUUUGAACCAUCAGAUGAAGAGAAAAGAAAGCAACUAUGUGAAGGAAUAUUGCUUCUAUUGGACAAAGAUAUAAAAACAUCUAGUAGAGUCACUUGCCUGGAGGCUCUUCGCAUUCUCUCAAGAGACAAGAAAGUCCUGGUUCCUGUAACAACAAAGAAUAACAUGCAGAUCUUGAUGAAGUUGGCAAAGCUGGACACUGUGGAAGAUUCUUUGGAGGAUGUGACAGAUUUCCCUGUCAUAGUGGAAGCUUUAAAAUGCCUUUGCAACAUUGUUUUUAAUAGUCCGGCUGCACAAAAACUCAGUCUGGAACUGAACCUGGCAGCUAUGCUUUGCAAUCUCCUAAAAAAAUGCAAGGAUCAACAAUUUGUUGAAGACAUUAAAUGCUUUGCUUUGCGUCUCCUCUUCCUCAUCUCCCUUCUGCACACAGAUAUCAGGUCACAAUUGCGUUAUGAUCUCCAGGGAUUGCCACUGUUGACUCAGGUCUUGGAAAGUUCAUUUAGCAUAAGAUGGACAGAUAAAUACAUCACAGCUGAAGACCACGAAAUGUCACCUUUGUCACUGCAAGAGACAGAUUGUGCCAUUGAAGCACUGAAAGCUCUCUUUAAUGUAACUCUUGACAGCUGGAAUGUACACAGUGAGAAUGAUUCUCAUGAAUUUCGUUACAUGGCAGCCAUUCUGCGUCAUUCCUUAUUGACUCAGGGUCCAACUGAAGACAAAACUGAAGAGUUGCACAGCAAUGCAAUCAACCUUUUAAGCAAUGUUCCAGUUUCUUGUUUGGAUGUCCUUAUCAGUCCAUCAAUGCAAGAGGAUCCUGAGAACACAGAUAUAAAAUAUAAUGGCAUGAAUAUGGAUGCAAUUCAGGUUCUGUUGAAGUUCAUGGAGAAGAGAAUUGACAAGGGGAGUAGCUACCGGGAAGGUCUCACUCCAGUUCUCAGUUUACUAACAAGAUGCUGCCGAUCUCACCGGAACAUAAGGAAGUUUAUCAAAGCUCAGGUGUUGCCUCCCUUGAGAGACGUAUCUAAUCGUCCUGAAGUUGGUACAACACUGAGAAACAAACUAGUGCGUCUCAUGACUCAUGUUGACUUAGGAGUGAAGCAAAUUGCUGCAGAAUUCCUUUUUGUUCUUUGUAAGGAGAGAGUUGACAGCUUACUGAAGUACACUGGCUACGGCAAUGCAGCUGGGCUCCUGGCAGCAAGGGGCCUGUUAGCAGGAGGAAGAGGGGAAAACUGGUACUCAGACGAUGAAGAUACAGAUACUGAAGAAUACAAAUCUGCAAAGCCAAACAUUAACCUUAUUACAGGUCAUUUAGAAGAGCCAAUGCCUAACCCAAUGGAUGAAAUGACUGAAGAACAAAAAGAAUAUGAAGCAAUGAAGCUUGUCAAUAUGUUUGAUAAGCUUUCUAGAGACAAAGUUAUAACACCAAUGGGAGUGCGACCAGAUGGUUCAAUGACACCUUUGGAAGAAGUCGUCUGCCAGUACCAAACCAAUGAGCAAGAGAGUUCAGAAUCUGACUAGAGCAUCAGCUGCUUUCCUCCCUCACCCACCUUCCCUUCACCUACAGCAUCUUUUAUUAUCUAAAUAUUAGACCCUUCGAGUUAACCUGUUGUUGCAGUAACUGUUUUAUCAAUCAAGGAUUGAAUUAUAAAUUCUGUGGUGUAACUAUAUUAGCAUUUCUAAGACCUCAAGUUACAUAGCAACAAAAGACCCCAUUUAUUAACUUAAAGCUAAUUGUAUUUCAGUGGGAUAAAAAGUGUGGUGUGGUUUUUUUAAAAUUUAAAUGUUAAUAUUUACCUAUGACAUUUCCCCCUUUUUUGAUGACCUCUGCCCAAAGGCAGGAAAUAGAAUGUCUAAUUAGACUGCAAAGUUAGGGGAAAUCUUCAAUAAUAACUGAUACAGUAAAACGGUCACUGUAGCUUAAGAAGAAGCUACACAACAAAUACAUUUUAUUUAAUCAUUAUCUGUUACUUUUUUCAUUACUGUCCUGGCUAACAUAAUUAAACAGUCUCUGAAGGACUGCUGAGUUUGGUUAAAUCAGUUGGAUUUCACCACUAAAUUACAAAUGGAUUAUAAGUAUUUCUAUACAAUUUGGGAUUUAGGUCAACUGAACAUCUGUUUUGUUAGAAUAUUUCCAUUUGUCCCCAGAUCCAUCUUAGAUAAUGACCUUGUAUCCUGUAACUGCGGGAGAGCUCUCUACAUGACCUAGUGAACCAUUCUGUAAGACACACACAUACACACACAUCCUGGUCUCAGCACAGUUUCAGCCCCAUCACCACUGGCUACCCGGAAAUGUGGGUUUUCCCACUUAAUAGAGGCUUAUAAAGAGGGGUUGGGCAAGUGCCACAUUAAACAUUCCUUUUUUUGCUGCUGCUUGGAUGCCUUUUUAAACGAUUGUGUAUGAAAGUAAACUCUAAUGUAUGAAGCAAUGAAAAUGGAGGACAGAUUGUGUUGAAUUAUGUUGCUUAUAUGGAAAGAAUCUAACUGUACAAAUAAAUGUUCAGUGGAGGAUGUGUUGCAUUCUGUCAAUAAAACUUUCUAUAAAUUAAA